CACUCCUCCCUUUGAACUUUAUACCUCUCCUCCUAUACUCACUCCCACAGCUUCUCCAUAAUAACAACCUUGCUAUUGACAAGAAUGGAAUAGCAACGACGUAGUAUUUAUUUGGCACAAGUUCUGCUGUUAGGGAGUGCAGAGGCUAGUGCAAUUCAAGUGGAGGAAGAAGGAGAAGGGAAGAGGCAAAAUGAGCACUAACUGUUUGGUAAAAUGCCAGUAUGAUUGUUGGGGAUUUUGUGAACCGAGAACACAUAGACGUGGAGUUUCAUUUGAUUGCGGGGCAAGGUAAGAUCGAGAAAACUUGGUUUCAUCUUACCAUUUUAUCUCUGUGAAAGGAUCUUCUUUUGUCAUGGUAAAUUUGCUUGGUCCAAUGAAAGAGGUUCUGUUGUAUGGACCACCUUGGGCAGGUAAGACAAUGCAUACCGCGUUUGCGCUGGGAGGACUGUUAUGAGAAAAUCCAAUGCUUCAGCUAAGUAAUUAAGGAUGCUUGAGCCAGAUGCUGAAGAAAAAGUCUACAAAGCUUUUUCUCUAGUGUCUGAUGUUUGCUCUGGGUGUCAAAGUUCCCUUACAGGAUGAGGAAAACCUAUCCUUACUUUUCGAAAUGUGAGUUUAAAAAUCACUUGUGUAGGUCAGGUUUGAGAAUUGGGGCCGUUCCCAAUGCCGUCGGCCUGAGCCUCGUUAUGAGAAUUGAUGCUUUCGAACUCUCUAUGAGGAGCCCCGUCCCUACUUCAAGUAAGAGAAACAAUCCUUCAUCAUGGAGGUUGAGAAGCUGAGCUAGUGAAAAGGCAUGAAACAAGGAAAAGAAAAACAAAUGAUGAUUACUACCAUGUCUCUUCCUGACUGUAGUACAAAAGUGCCAUCAUUUGGUUCCUUUGAUGUCAGAGUAUGCUGAUGGAUCGAUCCAUCUCUAGGCUAAUAUUGGCAGCAUAAAGCAUCUAAGCAGUCAGAUGUGUGAAAAGCUCAUAGCAAAUCCUUUUGCUACAAAGUAGUACACUUCAGAGUCUUAUUUGUCCUUGCUAAGGAAAAAGAUCUUUGCCUUCAAAGUUUUCUAGAAGGAUUUUUCACAUUCUCUGUACAUCAUCACUAGUGUUUUUAAUCUCUAGUGUUGUUAAUAGCAUAUUUUAAACUGUGAAACUAGAUGUAGCGCAGUCCGGAUGUUUUGCCUUCAUUAGUCUGGUGUGGUUUAGACAAUGACAGAAAACUUGCUUGGGAGCAAGAAGGGUAUAUUCACCUGUCGAAAACAGAGAAAGUCAUCAACUUGAGAAGCUAGUAUUAGUCAGAUUGCCAUUGUUGGACCCCCCUUUCCGAUAAGUAAAAAAGAAGGUCAUCAACAUGAGAAGCUAGUUCAAGGCAGUGGCAAACCGGUAACCAGGUACUAUUUGGGGAUUGGAGUACUGAAAUGUUAGCAUCAAUUGUCAAGCAUAACCCGUAAUGGAUAUGUAUGUGCUAAUAGAAAAAUAGCAAAACAGAAAGAGUAGUACUCCAAAGCAGGGCGCUGCUAUUCGUUAAAAAACUCUACAGCAGCCGCAACAAACACAAUGGUAGCUGCUUGAUGUAAGAACUCAUCUAGUUUAGGUCGAAGCUGAGAAUUUCCUGGAGAUCAACGGUGUGUUCGGCCUUUAUUUCCCUUCUGCAGAAAAGUCAAAACAGCAAGUGCCGCGAUAUAUAUGGCUGCGAAGGUGAAAAUUCAAGGGAUGUUCGCUGUGUGGAUCUCAGCUGCAAAACUUACAAUUUUAGAUUCUUCGAAACCUUGUGUGGUAAGAACAUUCCCAAUGUCAUGCGAGAAUAUAACACUUUUAGCAAUUUUUCUGUGUCAGUAUGAAAGAUCUCGCUCAUUCAUACUUUUUUUUUUGGUUCUGGAAUUUCUCUUUGGAUGACCACAAUCAAGUUGCUCAAAGACAUGUUCUCCGCGUUCUUACAAGAAUCAUCUCAUGGAUACUUCCCAUAUUUGGACUUAGCGUUGUGGCAAGAAUCAUACUAUUCCCAUGCAUAUUUGUGUUUCUAAUGAUUGAAUUACGAAGAAGGCAUUUGUCGAUUUUUGAUGCAAUUGAAAGUUUCCUGCAUAGUGAGAACAAUGUCAUGCCCAUUCGAUACCCCUACUCCAACAUAAGGAAGAUGACUAGGAAUUUUAAGGAGAAACUAGGCCAACGAGGUUAUGGUUCAGUAUAUAAAGGCAAGCUCCGAAGUGGUCCUGAUGUAGCAGUGAAGAUCUUGAGCAAGCCUAAAGCUGAUGGGCAAGACUUCAUCAAUGAGGUUGCCACAAUCGGGAGGAUUCAUCAUGUUAAUGUAGUACAACUUAUUGGCUAUUGUGCUGAGAGAUCUAGACGUGCCCUCGUAUAUGACUUUAUGCCAAAUGGAUCACUUGACAAGUACAUCACACCCCGAGAAGGAGGAACUCUACUAAGCUGGAAAAGAAAGUCUGAAAUUGCUCUUGGAGCUGCUCGAGGUAUUGAAUAUUUGCAUCGAGGUUGUGACAUACAAAUUCUACAUUUUGACAUCAAGCCGCACAACAUACUUUUGGAUGAGAAUUUCGUUCCAAAAAUUGCUGACUUUGGUCUUGCCAAAUUAUACCCAACGGAUAACAGCAUUGUUACUCUAACAGCAGCAAGGGGAACAAUUGGAUAUGUAGCUCCGGAGUUGAUCAACAGAAGCAUUGGUCCCAUAUCUUAUAAGGCAGAUGUUUAUAGCUUUGGAAUGCUACUUAUUGAGAUGGCAGGCUUGAAAAGAAACUCGGCAGCAAGAGAGGAUAUGUCAAGCCAGUAUUUCCCAUAUUGGAUCUAUGAUCAAUUCGACAAGGAAAAGGAAAUUAAAGUACUAGACGAGAUGCAUCAUGAUGAAAAAAGAUCAUAAAGAAGCUGACUUUAGUUGCCUUGUGGUGCAUACAAAUGAAUCCACUUGAUCGUCCCUCAAUGACUAAAGUAGUUGAAAUGCUUGAAGGUGAAUUACAAGCUUUGCAAAUGCCUCCUAGGCCUUCUGAAUCGCUGCAACCAACUUCAUUGGAAUUCAAUCUAAGUUCUUCAAUGAGUUCAACUGAGUCAGUGAAACUGGUCGAGAGUUGUUCUGAUUCUGCAAUAAUAGAUGUAAUUGGUUGACAUGUGAGUACCACAAACUGUAACUUCACAGUAUGUAAUACCUGUGCUCUAUCUUUAUGUAACUUUCUAUUUUUGUCUUUUAUGCCUUUAUGUGUAAUGAACAUGGUUUUUGCAAAAUAGAGUAAUGGGGGUUGUAAAAGAAAGUGGCUUUUACUAUGACUAAUUGUUCAGUCUCCCCAUAUUGUUUCUUACUAUGAAAGGAUGUACCAGAAUUAUCUUUUC